UGUAAAGGCGAUAUAUUCUGUUUCAGCCUUGAGCUCCGAGCGUGGAGCCAUUUUUAGCCAUUGUGUAUCAAAGGAGGGACUUAAAUUUAGCCUGGUUACACCUUGGAAGAAACUGGGAGAGGCUGGCGUUUCGUGGUUUGAGGCGUUUCUCUAUUUUUGGUCACGAAGGUUAAGACAAAAAUACGUUGCGAGCCUCGCUUGAGGUUGAAAGCAAAAUACAGCCUGACAUGAUGUGUGACUUGACAUGACUGAGAUGGGGAUUUAAAAUAGUCCUCUGUUUAUCCAGCAAGAUCGGUUGUGUUUUGGGGAUGCAGAUCCAGAGUAAGCAAGGGGAUGAUGCCCAAAACGGGUGAAAGAGGAAGAGAGAGAGAGAGAGAGAGAGGGAGGGAGAAAGGGAGAUUUGUUUGUUUGUCUUGAUUGAUGCAGUCAGGGGAUAGCUGUUUUGAAACGCAGUCUCCGGACUGCUACGGAUCAUGUGAGAAAGUUUCAGAUUAUGAAAAGCACAUUAGUCUAAUGAGGGGAAAGGAGGAGAGUUAGAAAUCAAACAAAAAGAGACUUCUCCAAAACAUGUAUGUUGAUCCAGAUUUAUUCUGCUCAUUUGCAGAGCUCCGCUUCACAUAUUUUACGUGAAAGGGAACUGACUAUUUGUUCUUUUGUAAAAACUCGUAGAUAAGAUUCAAUUCAAAAUUCUCUAUCCUUUUUAUUGGUGUCCAAGUUGGUUGGUCAGACCAGGUAUGAAGGAAAUACCACCAGAGGUGUGGCGGUAAUCUGGUGCAUGCCCUGUGGUCAUGUCCAAAGAUUAUGGCAUUUUGGAAAUGGUCCAUUAAAGCAUUAUGCAGGUUACAAGGCUAGAUUAUAAUUUUUGACCUGGUCUUGACAUAGUAGGUAACUCUAAUCAGGGUUAUACAACGCUUGGCUGUGGCAUAACAUCUGACUUCUAAACUCUCAAAACUGAUGUGUGUGUGUGUGCGUGUGUGUGCGUGCGUGCGUGUGUGUGUGUGUGUGUGUUUUGACCAAGGAAAUUGGACAACAUUAAAACUGUGCAAAGUCUAAACCUGGACUGGCUUAUUUUAUGUUGCAGGUUCUUCUAAAGACAGAGGUUGGGAAUUAUAUUUAAAAAGCUGUUUUCUAUAUGCGGCCAAGGUCAAGACUGCUGAGCAAGAGGAGGAUUAUGCUGCCCACAAUCACAGAGGGCAUGGAGGAGAUGGUGAAAGACCUAAACGAAGCGAACACGUUUCAUUUUGCUGACAACAGCCAAGGCGUCUCGUCAGAGGACUACUUUCUCUCCAUCUGUCACCUGGCCCGCCCCACCUUUCCUGCCAGAGAUGUUUUCCCCCAAAAUCAGGAGGCUGUGCAGCAGAGGCUCAUCGCGACCGCUUUGUCUCCGCUGGAGUUUAGUCUCAACGAGGAGGAAAAUGGCAGUGGUUCCCUGCAGACAGAAGAGAAAAAACUGAACGGCGAGCUUAUGUGCUGUAACUCUGACCCGUUGGAGUAUCUCUAUGGAAAUCAGAAUAACCUUCUAGCCCUUCCAGGAAGGGUGAGGAAAGCGUUUGUUAAGGGAAGGUUGGCAGGUCAGCGUGGAGCCAUACUGGAGGCCCCAGCUCGAAGCAGAGCAAACAGCACGCCCCACACUUUGAGCCCAGAUUUGCCGUUCCAGCGCAAGAGCAGCUGCCCUGAAAUCCUCUCUGACGUCAACACCUCGACUGCAAGUAGUUGCCCAGCGCGCAGCUUACCCAGGUCAGAGGUCAGGCGAGUCGGACCAGUGGACAAAGGAGAAAAAGGAACAAGAUUCAAUCCAGCCACCCAACAAUCCUUGAUCUCACAGUGGAUCUCAGACUGUCGGUCAGCAUGGAGAGAGGCACGUGUUCGGGCCUGCAUGCUGCCCGCUAUUGCCGAAGUGUAGCGAGUGCAAGGAACAGUGACUGGAACAUUCCUGAAAAAUAAACACAACAUAUUUCUCAUGUCAGAGCAUGAGACAUUCGGGGCAGAGCUGUGUCCAAGGUCAGACAGGAACCGAGGUUAGAAUGCAAAACCAAUUUUGAACCAUAACGUGGAAACCAACAAACCCAGUUAACAAUAUUUUUACACCCUUGGUGGUGUUUUCACAUUCACAAGCUGCAGGAUAAAACCUACGCUGACAUGAUGAAGCAUAUUCCCAGCUUUGAGUCAAACAGUGGACGUGAAUAAAUCAUGAGUAGUUAAUCAUGAAUUUGUUUAAAUAAAUGGUUGUACAAUUUAUUUUGCGAUUUAUUGAUUUUUCAGCUAUUCUUUGUUGAAAUUGAGGCCCCCAGGUGAGCAAGAUUCCCAAAGCAGCUUAUGUCUCAGACAGGCUCUGAUUCUGACACAUGUAGAAAUACAUGUUUGAAAACAUACAGAGGAAAAGAAAUGUUGUCAGUGUUUCAUACUCUUAGUGUUUGCUGUGUUGCUCUUGUAAAUACAUGAACAUGGACCAAUCUUGUUUUAUAUAUUGUGUGUAAUGACUUGUAAAGCAAAAACAAAUAAACCUGUCUUUGAUAUGCA